CGGAUAGUAUGGAAACUUCUAGCGUUGAAACUGAUAUACAAAAAACCUUUGAAAGGUUUACCUCCUAUAACGUUUCCAACGAGAGUAUCUGAGAAAUUCAAAGAAAAACUUAGGGCUUUGAAAGAUAUUCAAGGACAAACAACUCUAUUAAUUAAAAGUUCAAGUUUACCAAAGUUACCUAAUGAUAAAAAUAAUUCGACGAAUUAUUUCGAUGAUAACUCACGAAAAUUAGGUACAGAGAACAAUUUCAAUAUGAGAAGUGCUAGUUUUAAUGGUUCUCAUUUGUCCACAAAUUACGCUGACACAUAUUUUAGUCCCGAAACAAGAUUAAUGAUUAAUGAGCUAGAAAAACACGGCGAGGAAUUGGCAAAGGCUCAGGAUCAAAUAAAUAUGUUUUUACCAAGAGACGUAAUUAAUAAGUUGAAAAAAGAUAAGAGUUCUUUAAAUAAACAAAAGAUUGCUGAGGAAGAUGAAGAGUUUGAAUCAGAUGCUACUUCCGAUUAUUCUGAUGAUGAGGAAGAGGAUGUUCAAGGAAAGGUUUUAAAAGAACCAGAUUCUAUGUUAUUAAAUGAUCAAAAUAAGAUUGUUGAUGAUGAUCCGGAGAAAGCUUGGAAAGAUUUUGAUUGGAAUUCAAAUAUCGAUGUGACCACUAUGAAGUCACAAUCUUUAAGAAAUUCUUAUAGAGCCUCGGGUAGUUUCAUUAGAAAUUCUUAUCAUACAACAUUUAAAAAUGCUUCUUUGCAACAACUUUCUAGAUCAAAUUGUAAAAAUAUUAAUAUCCAACAAUGGAAGAAAGAACAUCAAGUGAAUUAUAAUAGUAGAAAAAUUUAUAAUUCUUCGAUUGGUAAUAAAAGUGAUUCUAGUAUUAGCGGUACUAACGGUAUCUUGAUUAAACAAGUUAAUCAUGUAAGAAAAGAUUAUUUUGAACCUGGAAUUGAAGAAUUUAAGCAACAAAGUGAAGAACACGCGUCCUCUUCAUCUCGGGAAGGAAGUGUUGAUUCACUAU